AUGUCGUCAGUCGAUCUGGCGCACACACCGGCGGCAACGCCGCCACCGGGACUGGUGUCCAAUCUCGAAAAUCCGAUGAUGCGAGAUCAAUCGCCAGGUGUUGUGCUCGCGAUCUUCGGAAUGAGCAUUGCCACGACAUUUCUAGCGAUGCGCAUUUACACCAAAGCCUUUCUUGCGCACUUAUUCGGUAUCGAUGAUGUGUUCCUACUUCUCUCAUGGGCUAUGUCAAUGAUAGUACAAAGUAUCAUCGUCUGGAUGAAAACCAACGGCCUUAUGGGUAUGCACAUCUGGGACACUUCUAUUCAGGACCUCAAGACAAUCGUGCGCAUCACUACGGUCUGCAGUAUCCUGUAUCUGGCAGUGAUGGCCUUUGCGAAAUUUUCGAUCUUGAUAUUCUACAGGCGACUGUCACCUCAAAGAUGGUGGCGAUAUGCUGUCGACGGCACUAUUGCGCUCAUCGUUGCAUUCACUGUGCCGCAGAUGCUUUUGCUGAUGUUCGCUUGCAUUCCCCUCAAACGAGUCUGGGACCCAACUAUCACUGAAGGGCAUUGUAUCAACAGGGGCAAUGUGUACAUGGCCACCGCUGGCACCAACGCGGCUACUGACAUUUUCAUGCUUUUUCUGCCUAUGCCUAUACUGCUAAAGUUGCAGAUUCCUACCAUACAGAAAAUCGGACUGGUCUUGAUAUUUAGCGUCGGCUCGGUCACGAUGGCAACCAGCUUGGUCCGACUUGGUCUCAUGCCUCCACUCGUCAAAAACGCCGAUAUGCCCUGGGCGCUUUCGACCCCGUCGCUAUGGAUCUGCAUUGAGGGAAGUCUGGUGAUCAUCUGUGGCUCUCUGCCAGUCCUCCGACUCUUCCUCAAACACACAUGUCCACGUCUGAUAGGUGAAUACGGUACAUCCGGCACCGGCCGAUCAGGAGGAAGCAAGAAACCUGCCAGUGGAUCAGCAGAACUCUCAAAUCUUGAACGAAAGCAAGCCGGUCGGAGUAAGAGAUACUCUCGCAUGACUGAUUUCACGCAAGGAGAGACUUUAGUUCAACACGAGAAUGGCAGUGAGACGUCCAUUAUCGAACACAAGAAGGGUGUUACGGUCGAGGCUGUGGAGCUGGGCCAUCACAGAGGCUCCACAGGUAAAGUCGACGGGAUGAGCACCGAUUUGAUUGAGCAAGCCAGGCCAGCAAGACCGUAUAGUCAGAUAUAUGGCGACCCGGGAGUCUCGUCCAGCCCACCGAGCAGGCAUCCGGAAGUCACAGGGCAGCCUUUCUGAUUGACAGUGGCGGAGUUGGCGGUGUAUACGGGCCUUGGACGAUUGGUAGGAUGGACGGACAUGAAAAGAGGUUGGCGUGACGAAGAAGAUACCCCGUGAAAAGCAGGAGGCACUGCCCUUGCAG